AUGGACCCACAGAACCAACAAGGUCGCCCGCAGCAACCUGUUUACGACACCAGUCAUGGCGGUCACUACGGAGCCAGCGCUACGCUCUCAGCUCAAGGGUUUGCACCUGCCGAGCUGUACACGGGUCCUUGGGCCAAUGUUCAUCAAGGUCUGACAGGCCAAUAUAAGGAUAUAUUGACUACAUACUGGCAACAAACGAUCAAUCACCUUGAAAGUGACACUCACGACUACAAGCUCCAUCAGCUACCCUUGGCCCGGAUCAAGAAGGUGAUGAAGGCUGAUCCAGAUGUGAAGAUGAUCUCAGCGGAGGCUCCAAUCCUGUUCGCCAAGGGCUGCGACAUUUUCAUCACCGAGCUGACCAUGCGAGCAUGGAUUCAUGCGGAAGAAAACAAGCGUCGGACGUUGCAGAGGUCUGAUAUUGCGUCUGCUCUUGCCAAGUCGGAUAUGUUUGACUUUCUCAUCGAUAUUGUUCCAAGGGAGGAGGCUUCUGCGCAGGCCAAACGAACCGCAGGUCAAAAUGCGGCUGCACAACAGGGCGUGCAUCAAGCACCACCGGCUCAGCUCCCUGGCCAGCAUGUACCCCAGGCUCCAAACCAUGCCUCGUCUUCGCACCAAAUGGCCCCUUCGGACUAUGGCCUCGGAGCUCAUGCGAUCGCUCCCGAGCAAGAUUUUAGGCAGCCACCGAACAUGUACCCCGGCUCGGUUCAGGCCAACCCAUCAGCCCCCUACGGCCAGGCUCAACCACCCAUGUACGGUGAGAUUGAGGGCAUGUACGGCUAUGGAACUAUGCAAGCCCAACAGGCAAGUCAAUCGGAGGCUACCCUGCCGCUGAUUCGUUUCAACUCGCAACAAGUGACUAAUUAG